AAACAACUUAAACCAUGGCGCCAUGAAUUCCUGUGACCUGCUUCACGUUUAAUUUCAGCGCCAGAAAGGUUCAGAAACAAAUAUGCAGCCUGCUUCAGUAUGAUACUCCAUUCUAGUUGGUUUAUAUAAACAGUUAUGGAAUCUCAGACGGGGAGAGGCAGCUCAUCACAAAGAGCCAGUGCCAGGAGACUCUCAGUGGCAAAGAAAAACAGCCAGAAGUGCAGUGCAAUCAAACAGAGAACAAGCAAUGGAGGUGGGGUUGCCUCCAUAACUUCAUUUUUCAGGAAUACACCACCGUGUAAACUGGCAUGCCCUCUGUGUGGAAAACUUGUACCUCGUUACAAGAUUAAUGAACAUAUAGACUCUCAGUGUCAGAAGUUUCUUGGAGAGGAUCUUGAAGAUGCACUGGAUGUCAGUGACAACAAGCAGGAGAAAAUAACCAACACAGCUUCUAACGGUGCAGUAACUCGAAAUGAUGAGAAAGAGAAAAGCCCAGGAGAGAAAGAUGCUGAUAUGAGUCUGUAUUUUAAAAAGAACUGUGUUAUGAGGCAAGAUUCAUCUGAAACAAAUUUACAAGCGAAACUGGUUAAAACGGUUGGCCUUGGAAGUUUGUCCUCUAAACUGUCUAGAAGAGCGCUUAGACUUUCAGGAGAAUCUGAGAUGGAUCAUACUCAUGUCUCUGGACAAGAAGAGACCCAUGAUGCAGAACUGAGCAGCUCACAGAAGGAAAAUUGCAUGAAGAGUUUCGUUUUUGAAUCUAAAUCCGGUGGCAUGGCUACACAUAACACAUUCCCACCAGAGCCAGUGGCUUCAAACCAACCUCAAGUGAAAAACAGUGAGAAAUCUGUGACAGUACUGGCAGAAUCAAGCAGCAGCACUGACAUUCAGUCGGUGAAAUCGUCAUUGUCAUCCAGGGCACGAAAGCGGAAAUCAGAGGAGUUGCCUAAAAAUGAUACAAACACUACAGAAAAAUCCGUCAUACAUAAGAAAAGUAGACAUAAAACUGAAAACAGACAUGAAACGGAUGUCAAGUCUGAUCAAGCUGAGGCCUCGUCUGAUGUUGUUCCAUCAUCAGAGAGUCAAAUCAAAAGCAAGACCACUGAGAGGAAGCCCUGUACAACACCAGCCAAUGAGUCCAAAGUGCUAGGCGUAGAGAAAGCCAGCGAGGGAUCGGAGCAUCAGCACUUCAGGCAGCCGUAUUACCUGCAGAACUUUCGGACUGUCCUUGAGGCGGUGUUGGAGAAUGAGGAUGAUAGGAUGCUCUUCAAUGAAGAUGACUUCUCAAAUAUUCACACUUUUCAGCAGCUCUCAGCGCCUGGUCAGAUGCUUUAUGUCCGUCUAUUUCAAAGAAAGCUGAAGUGGCUUCAGGUCAGUAAGUUGGAAUACACAGAGAUCAGCUCGGACCUCAGAACUGUCAUUCAGGAGCUGGUCGCAUGUGGCUUCUUACAAACAGAAUCUGAGCUUCAUGACAUCCAAGAAGUUCUGGAUCUGCUGCCUGCACCGGAGCUCAGAACCCUGGCCAAAACCUUUCAUCUUGGCCGUGGAGGGAAUGGGACUCAGAAGCAGCAGUUGGUAGAGGGGCUGCUCCAGCUGGGGAAACAGCGAUCACUCUUUGUCAGUCAAAACAACACGGCUGCAGUCAUUCUCAAGAGGGCCAAGCAGGCUGCAGGUUCCUGUGUGCGUCUGUGCCGCAGAUCACGUGCCGUGUUCUCCCGUGUCCUGCUCCUGUUCUCCCUCACAGACACUCUGGAGGAAGAGGAGAUGGCCGCUGGAGGUCAGGGGCAGCUCUACACCAUUCUGCUUGUCAAUUCUGGCCGUCUAGCUUUCCCAGAGUAUACAGUACAUCGCUCAGCCAGACUGUUUGAGGACAGGGAUGACCUCAUCAGGUAUGAAACAGCGAUGCGUACGCUGCAGGAAGUGAUUGCUGCAAUGCAAACAGGCAGCUGGGAGGACGCCUAUGUCCUCUAUGCUACAGCAAAGGCCACCUGGCAGGAGAUUAAAGACUCCUGUGACCUAAGUCAUCAAGAACAACUGCCUGUUUUUCUGCGGUGUUUCACUGUGGGCUGGACCUACACUCGGAUACUGUCUCGAGGAGUUGAGAUUUUACAAAGACUUCGCCGCUAUGAGGACUCUGUGGAGGACCUCAGGAAUCUUCUGUCCCAGCUAGUGUAUUGUGUAGACAGUAGGGGGCGCUGGUGGGACAGACUUGCUCUCAAUCUCCAGCAACACCUAAAACAACAUGAGCAGGCCAUCUGUGCUAUCCGGGAUGGACUGAAUGAUCCUCUGGUCCGAACAGGCCACAAAUUAUCACUUCACCAGCGUGCUUCCCGAAUGAAGGAAUCUGCUAGCUUGAAGAAGUACCGUCUGCUGCUCCGAGAUCUGCCCACUGUGCACGUACAGGAUGUCACUCAUGUGACAAUUCGAGGCCAGCUCUUUCCUCAUGAGGGUGGUAUGGGCAAAUCAGUGUUCCUCAGAGCGGCCAAUGAGGAUGAACGCUCCACAGAGGGACGAGGGACUAUGGUCAUGUGUUCUGUUGAGGAACUGGCUCUGGAACACUACAGAACGCUUGGUUUUGAUCAAGGUAUUCAUGGAGAAGGCUCUACAUUUUCCAGCCUUUUUGGACUCCUCAUGUGGGACAUCAUCUUUAUCGAUGGGGUUCCUGAUGUCUUCCGAAACCCCUACCAGACUUGUCCUUUGGAUUUGCACACUGAUUGUUUCUAUGGUAACCGGCGGGAAGCCAUCGAGGCGCGUGCUGAGAUGUUACGCCAGGCAUCUGCAGAGACGCUGCAGGAGCUGCUUGCUGAUGUGUGGAACGCACAGGAGGGGAGAGUGUGUGCGCUGAUAAACUGGGAGCGUUUCUCCUCCCUGCAACAGGCACAGAGUCUAGUGGCAUGUCUGGGUGGCCACUUCCUGAGCGGUGUGGUCCUCAGAAUGGCAAAGGACUACAGGCACUGCAGAGGAGGACUUCCAGAUCUGGUAGUCUGGAGCACGUACAACAAGAAGUUCAAGUUGGUGGAAGUAAAGGGUCCUAAUGACCGUCUGUCCCAGAAGCAACAGAUCUGGCUGGAUGAGCUGCGUAAGCUUGGGGCCGAUGUAGAAGUUUGUCAUGUCACUGCCACUGGAGCACGAGGGGCUCGACGGGAAUGAGGCUGCUGUCACACGGAGUAUGAAGACUUAAGCUCACCAUACAGGCAGAGUUAGAAGUGUUUGAAAAACAAAGGAUGAAUUUAAUGAUGGUAUUAAAACAUCAGCUUGGCGCUAAUCUGGUGAUGUAAAGAAGAGUAUUAAUAUGCCCUCUAAAGGAGUUUAAAAGGAUUUAUUCUCCCAAUCUGAGUCAUAAAACUGUUAAAUUACCUCGUUUUUUUAUUCUUGUGCUCAUUGUAAAGUGACUAUAUUUUAAUAGCUGAUUUAAAAAAAAUAAUACAUUUCUGAAGUAAAUACUUUCAUUAAAUAAAAACAUCAAUAUUUAAAAAAUGUUGUCUGUUUAAAUAAUAAUAAAAUGCUUAAGUAUUUAUGGGAAACAGUAGCAAAUAAUCUUGUAUCUUGCAAAAAGUGAUUCCAUUAUGUCUACAAUGUCUAUUAUUGUGGAUAAAAAAAACUCUUAGAAACACUGGGUGACCACAUUCCAAGACUGAAAUACCUUUUCAUAGCAUGUCACGUAUAUCUUUCAUGUUUGACACCCAUAACAAAACUAAUAAAUCAUGCUUUUCAGUUUAACCUUUUCACCUUCUGAAGUUUGCACAUCACGCUACUGUAAAGUAUCUUAAUCAGAUAAGUGCAGAUAAAAGGACAUUGUCAAAUUUCCUUAAUGUCCAGAGAAUCUUAAUUAGAGCACUUGAUCUGUUCCUUAAAGCCCAUUCUCAACAAGAACGAUAACUAUAAAGAUACCUCUAACAAUAAUUAUAUUAAUGUCCACACCAGAAUCUGGGUGAUUUCUGAUUGACUGUCAAUGUUGCUAUUGUUCAUCAGCUGAAAAAAUAAAUUCUGAAAGUGAUUCCAAUGAUAUUCCUCUGUGUUGGUACCAUUAUAGCUGUGGUGUGAAUGGGUGUUUAGUCUUUCAUCUGCUCAUAAAAUGUUACAAAUGU